AUGAAUUCUCCACAAUCCUUACUGUUCCUUGGGGCAACUGGUUAUUUCAGUUGUUCGAAAAGAAAGCAAGCCCAGCUCCUAAAGGAGAAAGGAAUCAAAGCUGUCGUGCUUGCAGGAGGACUUGACGAUACUACGGGCCUUAUUGAUCUGGCACGACAGCAUGACAUUGUUCUUAAUGGUGCCACAGGGUUUCACGCGUCCUCUUCCAGAGCAUUCAUUGAAGGGUUGGCUCAACGUCAAGAGACUUCGGAUGCUGAAGUCUUUUAUAUCCACCUUUCAGGGACGUCUAACUUAGCUAUUGGCGAUGUGUUAGAUCGACAGGGAGAGCUUAGAACAUUUUCCGACAACGAAGAGGGGAUUUAUGAGUAUGAGGUAGAGCGCGAGGUAUCUGAGCCUUAUGGUCAGCGUACAGCAGACGUAACAGUUGUUCAGACUGGCGACAAGUUCGGCGGAGCAGAACGCCGUUCAAUCCAGCCAGCUGGAGUACAUCCCCCGGGUACUUCCACCCUCGGGCAUGUUCAUGUCACUGACUUGGCUGCCCUGUUCAAAGUCGUGUUGAUCAAUGCCAUCAUCAAUCCUUCCCUACCUGCAGGCAGGAGGGGCUAUUUCUUCGCGAACACCGGAUGCCAUUCAUGGCUGGAAGUAGCUCGACGACUUGCCAAAGCUGGGCACGCUCUUGGUCACUUCAAGUCUCCAGGGUCAGUUGGCGUUAGUCUCACCGAGAUCGCUGCAAAGCUUUACAAUGGCGACGAAGUCAAGGCGGAGCGUGUACAUGCAUCUUCAUCUAGUACGGUAGCCGUUCGAGUCUUCGAGUUGGGUUGGACGCCGGUUAAGACCGAAGAAAACUGGCAAUCUUAUGCGGCUGAGGCAUUCGAGACAAAAUUAGAGUAG